AUGGUGACUUCGAGAAUACCGGCUUAUUCUCUGAAUUCGGAGUUCAACAGGGAGUUCAGAAGUUUCCGCAUAACCCGAGCCACGCCGCGGUCGACUUUGUAUGCACCUGCAAUAGUUCCAAUACACGAGUACCCAAGGGUGAGCGUGCACGAACGCCGAGAAGCGCUGAAGGCAGCACUCGCCAAGGCUUGGUCGUCAAAGAGCAGCGAAAAAAAGAAACACGAUACGUGGACAGUUCCUAAUGAACAGAAUAGAGUCGGCAUCACAGCCGCAGACUUCACCGCCAAAUCGCAGUAUAAAAACAGCGUAAACGGCGAUGUAUCUCGUGUUGCACUCGUUAAACACGAAUUUGAAAGUAAGGAUAGCGAAAGGACUGAUUCUAUCGAAAACAGAGUCAAUAACGACCAGCCAGCUAGCUUUAGCUACAGCCGCGUCAAUGGAAACGGAAUCGACAUUAAAGAGACCCUCAAAAAGGGCUGUGAUAAAGGAUUACAUAAAAAUUUAAGCUAUAGCGACUACCUAAACAAUGUUCCUAAAUGUAAGAAUAGUUUCGAAAAUAAUUUUCUUAAACAGAGUCACGAGGAACGGUACAGUAAACGAAACGGUUACGACGCGACAUCCAAACGCGUCGACAACCUAAAUAAUAUCGAAUAUAGCAGCCAGAAUGGCGAUGCAUAUGAUUCUUUGAAGUAUUCGCGAACAGCGAACGGAACAGAAUCAGUUCAGCAUAAAAGUUACGGUAAGACGGACACCGUUAAAAGUAAAUUGCUUAACACAGAUAGUCCGAAGAGCGUGACGUCUUGCAAUGCAGAGAAAACUAAUGGAUACACAGGUGUGGAACGACGUAGUGGCAAGGAGCAGCGGUUGACAAGUGGCCCAAAGGCGGUGGUGGAGCAGCGCCUCGUGGAGCGCCUCGAGGUGAAGGUGGCCGAGCUGCCCGCCCUCUACCUCGGUGUCGACUUUUGGACGCCCAAGUCGCGGGCCUUCCAGAAGAGCAUGCGCCAGCACGAAUGGAGUGUAUCGUAUGUACUCUAAUGACCAGAAGAAUCCAACUAACAACCUAUCCAAUAAUUUAGAGGCUUAUGAUUUCAAGCGUUUGAGAUUUUCUAAUUGUUAAGAAAUAACCAUCUGCUAUUUAUCUAGUGAAGUAUUUCGUCUCGUAUCUCCGCACACCGCUAAUCCAUGUUCUUGUUCAUUAAAAAGUCGAUGAAAAAGUAAUAUAGGCAAGCCAUAUAACUGCCAUAAGCGUCAAAUAUGUUGCUGUUUAUUUAUAAGUAACGCUGAAGCGCCGUUGUCAGCACUUCACCUUAUUUACCAGUCCACUGCCCAUUAAACAAACCUGUAAAAGUGUGUAAUCUGACCAUGACCGUACGAUUUAUCCGUAUGUCCGUUCAUUGCCACUUGCCGACUGAAAUUAAACAGUAUCACAGUGGCACGAGGGUUCGAGGACUAGUUGUGCAAAACCAUUGCACAAUUCGUUGCCGUGACUCACCAUCGUUGCGCUUUAUUCCAUCCUGGGUGCUGUUGGUUGCUCAACCUCCUUGCUCAUUAUCGCCAUUUCAUUUAAAUGAAAAUGUUGCCAUAAAGAAAACCUUAUUAUUAUUUUACCGGCUGCCAGCCUACGUAUCGAUAUAGCAUCGUUACAUAAGACUGCACUGAAUGUUUUAGACCGUGUUGCAUCGCGAUCAGCUUACAUGAUUAAUUGUCUGUAUAAACAAUAUGUUAACAGUUGACUUAAUAAUCCAGUAUCAAAGUAAACUUGUUUUGUAAUAUGUAUGACCAAUGCAUUGUAAACACACGUUUGCAAAUUCGUGGGCGCUAACUUUGCCACAGCCGAAAGAUUCUUGAUAGUGUUUGCGGUGAAUGUUUCAAGGUCCCGUCCUGGUUUGUAUGCUCGCAAAGGAUUUGUCAACUUGGUAGGCGUAAUGACGUAAUGAAAAUCUGUUGUAUUCGAUUGAAAUAAGUUAAAUAUUUCCAUCUGACAGACGUGCUACGAAGAAAGUGUAUUCGAAUCGUUGUGGUAUUUGUGGCUUUUCCACUGACUGGGCAUCAGCAGCUCUCACUCGUUCUUAACGACGUUGAUUUACAAAACUUACACUUUUUUAAUGAUUGGAUAUGUCGGCAUCUUGUCAGUAAUACUUACUAAAAUAUCUAUUUCUUAUUCACUUUUUUAAUGUCUUAAUUAAUUUUUACUAGAAACUAACAUAAAAAGAUUGACUAAUGAGGCUUUAAAAUUAAAAAAAAAAUGGUUGAUUUUAUCUUUUCAUUUAACAGCAUUCCACUCUUAAUGACUGCGUGACCCAGAACUAGUUUUCAUAACCGAAUUUGAUAAUUUCUUAAGUAUUUGUUCUUUCUUUUGUUCAUCGAUCCCCAAAGUUCUCGAUCACAGCAGCAGCAUGCUGAAAAUUUUACACUUUUUCAUAGGGAUAUCUUCGGCUAAUCAUUGGCAGACAAGUCACGUAGCGCCAACCAUACAAAUUAAAUGUCAAAAGCUGCAAUCGUGUAUGAACAACUUUCACUUGGAUCUCGCCGAGCCACACGUGCUCUACUGGUUUGUAGUCUUCGCGUUGGACAACAACAGUGCCACUGCCUAAUUAUUCCUUAACCUCACACGUAAUUAGAUUGCGUAAAUGAAUGCAUAACACCAUUUGCAUUCGACGUUUACUAAACAUUAAGCUAAUGCCACUCGUUAACGUGCCAAAAUGUGGAAAAAUGUCUCCCCAAAUAUAUUUCCUGUUUUCACUUGGGUCCGAUUCAAUCGUAUCGAAUCAAUCGUCCGAAAAUCGUUUAUUGUUUAUUUAAUUGCAAGUGACAGUUUCGCUGUGGAAUGUAAAGUAUGGACUUGUUGUAUUAUUAAACAAAGUUACAUCUUAAUUGUGUACUUGUAAGCUAAAUUGAGUGUUGAAAAUACACAGUUUUUUUUAUUUCUUGUAGUUGAUUUUUUAAAUAUUUUACAGGAAUCUUAACAUUCAAUCAGGAUAAACAGUAUCCUAUUAUCUUACCUGGUAAUACACUUUUUUGUGCUAAUAUGCAAAUCCCAUAAAAACAGUGUUUGCCUGGUUUAGUAAUAAUAAUAAACAUACAUACUUUCACAUUUAUAAAAUAAGUUUGAAUAAGUAAUAUUUACAGCACAUAAAAUAAAUACCCUAUCCAGUUUUAAAGUAGGAUAAAUAUAAAUACGUAAUAAGUGCGGGUUUUGUAAUGUCCGUGUGGUUUCCAGAAUGACAUUGUAUAUUUUUGUUGUAAGCCUCAUACUUGUUGUUUUCCUUUUUGCGUGUGAUUCACUCAAAAGUUCAGUUAUUUCUACUAGAAAAAACGUCACUUGGUUUAUUAUUAGGUUUGUCUAUAAUACUUCCUUGGUUUGUAUCCUACUAAGUACCUACUUCUUUGUUAUAAACCGGUAAACACAUAAUUUGCUCCUAUUUAGAAGUCCCCCUAUUCUUAAAUGUAUUAAAUAGCAAAGAGACCAAACCAAUUUCAACAAAAGAGAUAAGAAUAAUAAAUUAAUAAUAUUAUGUUGUUGUUAUUGUUAUAAUAUUAUUAACUUCAAGUAAUACUGCUAUUAUUCUUUUUAUUGUUUAAACGGUUUUAAACAAUGGUAUGUCACCAGCGGUUUGAUAGGAAACAAUGUAAGCGAGUUAAUAAUAAUUUUAUUUGAUUAUUUCAGCGAAACUUCCAAAACAACUUCUAUUUUAAAAUUUAGUUACAAAUCAUACCAAACAGAGUGAAUAAUCUAGUAUGACCAUAAAAGUAGUGUAGAUCCGUGCUUGUCAUUGACCCGUCGAGCGGCGCGGGCGGGUGAGCGAUUAGUCUCGCUGCAGCGUUGACACGGUUCGCAGCCACCGCUCAUCCGGCGCGGCCUUGCCGUCCUGAGGGCCCACCUCCGGAAUGCAUUUCGGAUGAUUUUGAAAUGCAAUUAGAGCUCUUAUCGUGUUUUUCAUUUAUUGCUUGAAAAGCUUCAUUGAAAUGGUUGUACUAUUAGUUCUGUCUAUACGCAGACAGAACUAAUAGUACAACCAUUUCUCCGAUAAUGAUAAAGAAAUGGUUAAUUAAGUUGUGGUAGCAAGUUCAUGAUUUUCCAAAACUUUAUCUAGGGAUGUUAUAUAGACAACAAAAAACUGACGUAACGCUGACAAAAAGACCCACCGAACUGGUCAGGAUGUGAGACUGCUCACCCGGAAAAUAAAAAAGUUUCAUAGCCACUAUCAUCGAUUGUUUGUUCCCCUUCAUAUUAUGAACGCUUUCACAUUCUCAUUGAAUUCGACAAUUUUGAGUUACAUAUUUUAGAGUGAUCCUAUCUGUUACUCAUAUUCCUACAAUACAAAACAAAUCUACUAUGGAAUCAUUGACGUUGUUUUUAUACGUCAAUGUAUGGAAUGGAUUAACUUUUUGUCAAUUACGACAUGGUGUAGGCGGAAUAUUGUGUUAUUAUUAAAAGUUGACCUUCUCCUUAUGUAGCUAGACAAAAACCAUCUGAUGAAUUAUGUUCGAACCUAGUUUUUGCGAGUGAUCCUUGACCGGGCCAUAGAGUUCGUGUCACGUCUCGUCGUCGGCUGUUGCUUUCGAUUUCGUAAUGCGCCAGCAGUAUGCACCGGCUGACCGAUCGAUUAUGGUCAUUGUGCCUCAGGCGUUCCACUCUCGCCGCGAUUUACCCGCCACCCUGCCUUGCUGACCUUAACGAUAUGACAACUUAUUUUUUACUUAUUUUAUUAAACGAGUUCAAUCAAAACAACAAAAAGCACAACGCGAAAUCUAAGUCACCUCAAUUAUGCAAGCGUUGCGUCCGAACCACCGAUGCUAUCUAUCAAAACAAUAAUAAUGUACUGCGAUCGAAAGUAAAAUUACAAAACGCACAAUCAGGAAAUACCAGUAUAUCACCAAACGCGCAACGAUGAUUCAAUCCAAUACACGUGUUUGGUGUUUCUAAAUAUAAAGAACCGUUGUAUGAAUACCGUUGCCGCCUGAACGUUGACCGCAUUAUAAUUAAUGUUUACAUUUAUCAUGUUUUCUUAAAGAGUAUUUAUGCAGUCGUACCCUCAAUCUUCAUUAUUGGGUUUGCCAACAGGACAAAUACAAUUAUUUUCUCUUACCUUUGAAUGCUUUGAUUAUUUACUCUCUAAAUAGAGCGUAGCAUUGUAAACACUGCGAUAAAAACUGACCAGAUUUUAUAUGCUUGUGUGCGUGACACGCAAAAAAAACCCGCGAGUCUUGUAUCCUAUACUCGCAAAAUGUAGUUUUUUUUGUCUCGGUGCGCAUGCGUAAGAUACUAGGUUAGGCCACAUUCCCCAAAAAAGUGGGUAACCUAAAUCAAAUCAAAAUAUUGUUCACACAAUUAAAAAUCAUAGACGUUAAAACAUCUGUAUAACGAAAAAAGUAUACUUGGAUAUUUAAAAAAAAAAAUUGUUACAUUUUUUUAUCUAGUUUAACUAAAAUAACAGCCAUGAGAAUAUAGAAAUAAAC